AUGGAGCUUAGAAACAGAAAGCGCAAUAUUCAGAGAGAAAUCAGACUUUCUUCAAAUCCUAAGGAAAAUUCAAUCCAUGAACUUGAGAAAAUGAUUAGAUAAAACUAAUAUAUGCAUCAUUAGUAUAAGCCCUAACUUCAGAGUACCGAAUCCAUGAAAUACCUAAGUUUUAUAAAUAAAAGUACGAAUAAAGAUCAUUAGGAUUAGCAUCAAGAAUUUAUACAAGGUCUUGAUAAAAAAAAUCAACAGAGUAUCGUUUCAGAUAAUGUAAAUCUGCAAAGCAAAGCCAAUAAGCAUCUGGCAUCACAAGAAAGACUUACAACUGAGGAUUAAGAUAGUAAGAUUAAGCUGCUAAGUACAGUAAACUCAGCAGUAGAGAACUUUAUAAAGGUAAAGUUUCUCAAUAAAAAAGUUUCAGAAGCAGAUAAGCUAGAUAAUUUUAAAAGAAAUUUUUAGAACAGAUUAAAGAAUGAUCCUCUGAACGAAAUCUAAAAGAAAAUAAUGGACAUCAAAAGGGGAGUAGAAUAUAGUUUAGAUGAUAUUAUUUAUGCUCAUAGCAUAGAGAGAGAAGAUUCACUCUCAAAGCUAGACAAAUCUUCUAUAGGUAAAGAAUCAACAGGCAAUUUUCCAGAUUUAACACAAAGCAAUCAGUCACUUCUCUAUUUACCUCCUGUAAGAUAAAGAGUAAACCAAUCAACUGUCAGCAAUAAUGAGGAUAAAUAAAAAGAGCUAAUGAGAAAGCUAACAGAUAAACUUAAAUCUAGGACUAAAGUUUUGCACAGAAAAAGAUUUUAAUCGACAGUAGAUGGUUAGAGAGAUGAGCCUUUUAUUUCAAAUACUAGUUCUCCUAUUCAUUCAUAAGCAUUUAUUUCGAAAUAGGAACGUCAAUGGCUAUCUCCAGCUCUAAGGAGAUAUUCAAGAAAUAAUCUUUAAUUUGAUUCAUCCUCUCUUGUUUUACCCAAUUAAACUUUGUAUUAAGAUGAGAGCACCACUUCAAUCCAAAAUACACUAGAAGAACUGAAUGACAUCGACCAAGAACUAGCAUAGAAACUUAAAGAUGCAGGACUAAACGAGUUCUUUGAAUCCAAUACAAACAAACCCCAACAGUCACUCAUUUAACUAUAUAAGAAGAUAAUUUUAUAGAAAAGAAAAAAAUCGAUUCUUAAUGUAUUCGAUUUAACUUAGAUGAGGUAAGCUGAUUGGAGGGUUACAAUGAAAAGCAUAAAUAAGUUUAGAUUGAGUAAAAUUAUUAAGAAAUGUGAUUAGAAAAUUGAUACUGAAUAGGAAACAUAGAGUCUAGAAAAGAUUUCUAUUGAUUAAAAGCACAUGUGUGAUGCUAUUACAAAGUAUAGGGAUAUUUAUGACAUUAAUGAUUAGAAGGUGGAAUAUAACGAGAUUUUAAAUGAUAUUAAGUAUGAUGAUAAGAAUACUCGUGAUCUUGCAAAGGAAAGUCUCAAGAAAUAUAAUGAGGGUUUUGUCUGA